AUGGCGUCGUCGUCGUUCAAACCGCCAUCAUCGUUCCUCGAGCUGGUCUCGACCUCGUCGCUCAACUACCGCGAAUGCGCGCUGCUGGGCAUCAUGGCGCUGAUCUCGCAUGACACGCCUAUCGCCAGCCCCAGCAGCCCCGGCACAAGCAAAAGCACCACUGGCAAUGACGCCGGCGCGCUGGAAGAAUACAUCGCCACGGCGCUACACUACGGGGCCACCGAGUCCGAGAUCCAGAACGUCGUCUUCCAGUCCAGCUUCAGCGUUGGGGCCGCCAGGGCCGUGGCGGUAAGAGCCCGCGUCGAGAGCGCUCUCAAGUCGUCGCUUCGCGGCAGGCUGCAUCACUUGGAGAAGGAGGUGUUGGUCGGAGAGAUGGGAGGGACCCAGCCUGGGAGUCACAAGACGGUGGUGCGCGACUCGGAUCCGCAGAACACGAGCGUCGUGCCUAUCGUGCUCAUUCAUGCUUUGGGGCUGGAUCGCAGGAUGUGGGAUGCCGUCUUUGCCAGCCUCGCUGCGAGCGGCGCUGGAGACAAGAGCACACAGUUGCGUAUCAUAUCCUACGACAUGCGAGGGCACGGAUACGCAGCCAACGCCCCGUCUGCGCAGUCGCUCGACGAGCUUGCUGCCGACCUGCACAGCAUCCUCGAGAGACUGCACAUCCCCAAGGCGGACGUCUACGGACAAUCCUACGGCGGGGCCGUGGCGCAGUACUUUGCGCUCAACUACCCGCAGUCUACGCGAUCACUUGGCCUCAUCACCACGGCCGGCGAGGCCCAGCCGUCGUGGAUAACCCGGGCUACGCGGGCAGAAGAAUCUAGCUCCGUGAUGUCUUUACUCCCGGAGACGCUGAUCCGGUGGUUCACACCCGGAGCCAUCGCGCGGAACGAAUGGGGUGUGCGCUACGCCCGCUCGUGUGUCGAGAGGAUCUCGGUCAAGGACUGGGGUGACGCAUGGCGGUGCAUGAGCCAGCUCGACACGUUGGACAGACUGCAGAGCGGCGGAGUCAAGUGCCCCGUGCUCCUGGUCUGCGGGGUGCAAGACCUGAGUACGGGCCCCAAGUGGAUGACCAGGCUCAAGGAGGCGUGUGAAAAGGGUGGCAGUGGCCUGGUCGUCUACAAGGAGGUCGAUCCGGGAGUGCACAUGAUGGCGCUGGAGCAGGGUGAGGCGCUGACGAGGGAGAUAUUGGAGUUUCGACAGAGGGUGGAUAGUGAGGGGUUGUGA